ACAAUACCUGUCGGCCUGAGCCAAGGAGACAGAAGCCGAGAUGUCUAAUAGGCGGGUGCUGGAGUUUUUCUAUGACGUUGUCUCCCCUUAUUCCUGGUUGGGCUUUGAGGUUCUGUGCCGAUACCGGAACAUCUGGAAUGUAGACGUCCAUUUGCGUCCUGGGUUCCUCGCGGGAAUCAUUAAGGCUUCAGGUAACCCUCCCCCUCCAAUGGCCCCGAAGAAGUUUGCAUACAUGCUGCAGGAUCUGCCGAGAGUCUCUGAAUGUUACCAGGUUCCUCUCCGACAGCCCAGUGACUUCUUCCAGACCAUCAUUAAGAAAGGAAGCCUCCAAGCAAUGAGGUUUGUCACAGCUGUGGAGAUGUCCCACCCGGAAUUCUUAGAUCCGGUUUCCCGGGAGCUGUGGAUACGGAUCUGGUCAGAGGACACAGACAUCACUGAGACAGAGAGUAUUCUUGAAGCGGCCAAGAAAGCCGGGAUGUCGGCAGAUCAAGCAAAGAAGCUGAUUGAGUCUACGGCUCUCCCAGAAGUUAAGAACAAGCUGAAGCAAAAUACUGAAGAAGCAUUAAAAUAUGGGGCUUUUGGGUUGCCCACGAUUGUGGCCCAUGUGGAUGGAAAGCCUCACAUGUACUUCGGAUCUGAUCGUUAUGAGGUUCUAGCGCAUCAACUGGGGGAGAAGUGGAUGGGACCCGUGCCUCAGAAGUCAUAACUGUAGAACACAGACGAUAUUAAAGUGCCUUUGUCAUUGCCUUUCAAGUAUCAUGACAUCUAAUAAAGGUCUGGGCAGAGCUGGGA